AUUAUCAAUUUUAUUGUUAAUGAAAAUAGCUAGUUCUCAUAAUAGUAACAGGCUUAUUAAAAUAUCCGUAAUAGCAUGCAGUAUAAAUAAGUUUGCAUAAAUACAUACAAAACAAGCUGUCUUUUAACCAGCCAGUACGCGACAUAGACUGGCGGUGAUAACAGUGUGUUGAGUAGAUUAAAGUGAAUGUCAAAUUAUUAAUUCAGCCAUGUUAAUUAAGAGUCUUAUUUACGAGCCGUUCAAUAUUAUUUUUGGCAAAAGCAUCAGGCAUGCCAGUACCGCACUUUCCAAUGUCAGUUAUCUACAUAAUCCUGGCACCGAACCUCUGACUUACGCCACAAUAGGCCAGGCAGUUGAGGCCAGCGCGCACCGCUACCCCGGCCGGGUAGCCGUGCGCUCCGUGUACGAACACCGCACCCUCACCUACGAGCAGCUACUGACAGAAGCAGAUGCUUUGGGCUGCGCCCUAAGAUCUCGAGGGUUGGAGAAGGGAGACCGUGUGGGUAUCUGGUCACACAACAAUGCCGCUUGGAUCGUCGCUAUGGUCGCAGCGGCGAGGGUCGGCCUUAUCUCCGUAGCUUUAAAUCCGGUGUACGAGAAACCUGAAUUAACGUACUGUAUAAAGAAAACAGAAUUAAAAGCCAUUAUUAUCGGCGAUACCUUAGAAAAGGCUAACUAUUAUAAGACAAUAGAGCAGUUGAUACCAGAAGUCCAUCGGCAAAAAGCUGGAUCAAUAGAGUCUAGAGAGUUCCCUAGUUUGAAGACCAUCAUUACGUGUGAUAAGAAUGCAUUACCAGGCACAUUCACAUAUGACUCCCUGGUGGCCAAUAAGCAUGACGCGUCACGGUACGGCGCUCAAGUAGACCCGGACGAAGGCGCCAUCAUCCACUUUACAUCAGGAACUACUGGUGAUCCAAAAGCAGCAUUGGACUCGCAUUUCGGAGUAGUAAAUAAUUCGUAUUUUAUGGGUAAAAGGCAAAACCUGCACGAAGGCCAUGAAAUUACGUGUGUUCAGUCUCCGUUAUUCCAUGCCCUGGGUUCGGUCAUCACGGUAGCGUCUGCGCUCCGCCAUGGGACGUCACUUGUGCUAGCGGCACCUACCUACAACGUUGAGGCAAAUAUGAAAGCUCUGCUAUCUGAAAAAUGUACUGUUAUAAAUGGCACACCGACGAUGUUCGUGGAUCUCGUGUCCCUGGCUCGGAAGACGGGAGUGAGCUCCAACCUGCGAGUAGCUUUGAACGGCGGCGCGCCGUGUAGCCCGCAGCUCAUCCGGGACAUCAAGGAGCACCUCAACGCGCGCACUGUCUCGAGCUUAUUCGGAAUGACUGAGACGACAGCAGGAGUGUUUCAGUCGCUACCCAACGACAGCACUGAUUUGGUUGCCGGGACGGUCGGCUACAUACAUGAUCAUAUUGAAACUAAAGUAGUCGACGAACAAGGAAAAGUGGUUCCGUUCGGCAGUUCAGGGGAGCUGAUGGUGCGGGGGUAUAAUACAAUGAUGGGCUAUUGGGGAGAGCCGGAGAAAACCAGACAAGCUCUAGGGAAAGAUGGAUGGCUGCACACAGGAGACAAGUUUACGCUGAGCGAAGAUGGGUACGGGCGGAUAGUGGGCCGGCUGAAGGACAUCAUCGUGCGCGGCGGGGAGAACAUAGCCCCCAAGGAGAUCGAGGACCUGCUCAACACGCAUCCCGACAUCGUCGAGAGCCAGGUAGUCGGUGUUUCAGACGAGAGGCUUGGAGAGGAGUUGUGCGCGGUAUUACGUCUGCGAGAGGGUUCCGCUGUCACUCUCGAGGAGGUGACCCGGUAUUGCUCCGGCAAACUGGCUAAAUUCAAGAUCCCUAGGCUAUUGAAAGUCACUGAAGAAUUUCCAAAAACGGCGUCGGGCAAGAUUCAGAAGUACAAGCUUCGAGACAUGAUCGAUUCCGGGGCACUUUAACAAGCAUGAGCAAAUAUAUUAGAGUAAGAGACGUAUGU